UUCAGUCGAACGUCAACGUCUAUAGGAAAAGGGCUUGCGUUCAGCUGAGCAUUGCCUGGUCGUGUCCCCGCUGGUCACCGCUUCUAGUUAACUGCGCAUCGGAAAAACGAAAAAGGACAGGAAGGACGGAUAAAGCGAUAAGUAAUUGGUGCGUUUAUUGAUUGUUUAUCCUUCUGGAGCGUCUUGCAACAUGGCCUGUCGCGUGUCGUUUCUGAAAACACUUCUCAUCAUUCUCAAUGUCCUGCUAUCGCUAAUUGGCGUGACACUGAUUGCGCUGUCUGUGUAUGAGCUGAACAGCUCCACGCCAGGCACCUUCGAGCACAUUGCCAUCGUCAUCCAGAUCUUUGUGGGCUCCUUCGUCAUACUGACCUCGUUCCUUGGCUGCUUUGCCACGGCCCGGGUCUCCCUGGGACUCGUUUGGACUUAUGUGAUCUGCCUCUUGAUCCUGCUCUGCCUGCAGAUCUACAUCAUUGCUGCAGCCCACUCAACGAACUAUGUGGAGAGGUCGCGGAGCGAGUUCCUGGCCCUCUGGUCAGAUCCCAGAACCAAUGUCGAGCGCCUCUCCCUCAUCGAGCAGAAGUACUCGUGCUGUGGUCAGGUCGGUGCCCAUGAUUACAUACUGCUCGGCAGGGGAAUACCCACGAACUGCUACAGGAACUUCGACAGGCAGCAGGACAACCUCUUCACCGAGGGCUGUCUGGCGGCUGUCCAGGCCCAUGCCAACGACAACGUGGCCAUCGGUCUCGUCAUCAAGUGGCUGCUGUUGGUGGUAGAGUUCGCCGCCCUGGGAGCCGCUACACACUUGGGCAUCACGGUGCGCAACAAAUUGCGGCGCGAGAGAUUCUAACAGGUUUCCCGAAUGGCGAUGCACCUGCCCCAGCCAUGGCCUGGAACCGAUGGGAGCAAACAAACCCAUAACAAACACUUCUGUACGCCAGCCACCCCCCGUGGAUCUGGAAUAGGCAGCAAAUACGUAGAAUAAAUAAUAAGAACAACCAGAAA